GUCAGUUCCAGCAGCACUGAGCUGCCAUACGGAUGUGUAUCUUGGAAGACUUAUAUGAAAUUCGCUUUUCUUUUAACAGGCAUCAUUGUAGUUCAAGUACGGCUUUUUCAAGCGUUCACCAUCGAAGCUGUUCACGGCCACUCCGAUAAAACGCGGGUACAACCACUGAUUAAAGGAUCUUGGUGAAGAGAGAGCAUUCGGGAAGGCAAAUACUGUCAGAAUAAGCUGGAUUGUUUCGUCUCAUUCAUUUUUUAGAAAAUAUUGAUUUUUCUUAUUUGCAAAAAAACCUGCAUAGUUUGGAGUGCUUUGUACAAAAGAGUGGAAUACAACAUCCGAAGCGGAAAAAACAUCUUGACAAAGGUGCUCCCUUUCAAUCUACUGGCAGCAGCAAUUUAGUAUUUUUUCCAUCUGCUGGAUAUUAUGAUCGAGUUUCGUUUUUCCUUGUGGCGACCGACCGAGGAGCAGUGAUAAAUGUGCUAAAUUGGCUCGGAAUGUAAUUUAAGUCUACAGUGCUACCAGCGGCGACCUCUGCAGCUGAGAGAGAGAGGCACACACUCAAACACACACGCACUUGCACACAACCCACUGGGUCUCGGUGCAUCACGGAUACGGCAUCGGUAACUGAGCUACAAAAUAAAACCGACGGAGAGAUUGACACGCAGAGCUCCAGUCGUAUGACUUAUCAAAGCUAAUCGACUUUCAAAGAAUAUGUUGUGUUGUUGGCAUUAACAGCGACUUGUGUCAUUCACCAUUUUGGUCCUGGAUUUUACAAGAAAUAUUGUCAAGUGUGAGCCUCCUCACUUAAUGGAAAGACGGUCCCCCCUUUGGAUUAUCAAAUAAAAGGAACGAAAUCCAACUUUUCCUUGCUAGAAUCCGAGGAGUUUAACCCUUGGUUUUUGGUAAAGGGCAGCUCUAAGAAUUUGUUAUCCCAGUCCUAGGAAACUUAACUCAUCUGUGGUCCAUAGCUGGGCUGGGUCCUCCGGGUCCAAGAGGGAUCACCAGUUUGGCGUGGAUGACUCGUGAGAAGAGGGACAGUUUUUCGCUGACGGGACUUGUAGCUGAACGAAGACCCUAGGUCAGCUCGAAGGUGGGCAGUCAGAGAAGCAAGGUGCCGCUCUUCUCCCUGAAGGCUCUAUGUUUUUGUAGUUCGGAGUACAAACUUCUUCAAGCACCAAAACCACUACAAUGUUGGCUUGUCUACAGAGAGCACAGAACCCUCCAGCACAGCACUUGACUACCUGUCCAAGCAAGACGCUGGAAACAAAAAAAUGUGAAGCUGUGAUGUCAAUGCAUUCCUCAAGGUACCCCAGUCCUGCUGAGCUAGAUGCAUAUGCACAGAAGGUUGCUAACAAUCCACUGAGUAUCAAGAUAUUCCCAGCCAACAUACGAGUGCCGCAGCACAAGCACCUCAACAGAACUGUCAAUGGAUAUGAUACAUCUGGGCAGCGGUACAAUCCCUACCCCAUGCAAACAACUGGAUACCAAGGUCUAUUGGCAAUAGUAAAGGCAACUGCCAAGAGUGUGGUGAAGAGUUCUGAGGGAAAGCGAACUAAAAUGUCCCCGGCACAAGUCAGCAUCACCUCAUAUCCUGCAUCAAGCACCUUAACACAUGCUCAGGCAUGCAGCGGACAGCUAAAUUACCACAACAGUCAAAAAACUGUUGAAACUCCCAUUCCACCUAAUGUGACUGUAGCUACAUCUGUGAUCCCACUGACAGGCCGGAGUCUGACACUUCAACAAUCAAAUUUGCCCUCCAUUCAGAGUAUCAUUUACCAGAUAAAUCAGCAAUGUCAAGCUCAGCUCACUCAUCCUGCCUGCCAAGGAGUUGUGGUGGCCAACCCAAGUCCAGCCAAGCGUGGCACUACAGCAGGUUUUGCAGCGAUGACUACUGGAGCUGUGGCAUAUACAGGGACUAUUCUACCAGAAUGUCGUGCCGUGGCAGAUGUGGCAGCAACCUCAAAUGCAAAUGUAGCCAUUGCUCCAAAAGCUACCAUGUACCCAGAGGGCAUGGAGUAUUUAAUAUGGCAGCAGAAGCAGCAACAACUUAGAAUGUACAGCAGUGGUAGUGGUGGAGGAGGUGCAAUCAGCAAGUCACCAGAAAUGUGUGGUGGUGUCACUCGCCCUUAUGCUUUAGCAGGUGCAGUUGAAAAAGUUAGCUCCUCCCCAUUGAACUGUGUAGGUAUGCAUGGUAACUUCUCGGUUGGACAUUACUUUGCACCACCAUGGAACAGCAUUCUUGUGACCCCUGACAGUGACUGCUACAAUCCACAGGACAUGGCAAAUGGCCAUCGUGAAGUAGGUGUUCACCCAUCUGAUGGGCUGUCCAGCCUACCCAGCAAAACACUGUGCAACACUUCUAUCCUUAGCAGUAGCCUGCAGUCCUUGGAGUAUCUCAUAAAUGACAUUCAUCCACCUUGCAUUAAAGAGCAGAUGUUGGGAAAAGGAUAUGAGACAGUGUCUGUUCCCCGACUUCUAGAUCACCAACAUGCUCACAUUCGUCUGCCUGUUUAUAGAUAAGAGACUAAUGCUACUUAAAGACAAAUUAAAAAAAAUAGUAAUGGAUAAUGGUGAGAACAUCUGUUGCAAAUAUUCACUGAUCCAGCAACUGAAUGAACUAAGAGUUCUAAAGGGCCCCAGAAUCCUUCGGAUUUAAUUUGGUCUGGACAGGCUACCGUAACUGUUGGAGGCAAAGCAAGAUCAAAUACUUGUUUAGAGAUUUACAGGAUGAUAAAGAAUGAAAAGGUUUCUGCUACCUUUGCAGAAGGUUUCACAGUUUGUGUGCCACUUGGGUUUUGCAUGUGGAAGACCUCCAAAUUCUAUCCUAAGCUGAAUUCCAUAAAAUGUAAUAAAAUAUUUAAAAGUGGUAAAACAAUUGCCAUUAUUAAUGCUGUGUUAUCCCAGGAAAGAGCUAAUGUCAAAUUAGAUAAAAGUUGAAGUCAGUAAGUUGCACUGCUUUGAAUGAAGCUCAGAAUUGGGGACAGUCUGGAGUAUAUUUAAGAAACUUGAAAACUUGAAAGCUUUUUUUCAUUUAAUAUACAAUUAUUUGUUGGCUGCUAAAGAAAAUGUUGUUCUUUUGUUUCAUUAUUGCUUAGUUCUAGAUUUUCUGUUGCUGUUGAUUUACAGUUUGGAUGCUGUCUUGACUUACACUUGAUAAGCCUGAAAGUACAUCCUGUUGCUGUAGAACCAUCAAUGGCUGGAAUCAGUACUGCCAAGUGAUUCACUGCCAUGACACUUUUCUUAUGUUCUGUCUUUGUUUUUGCUAUAUUUUUUUCCUAUUUCCAAAUGUUAUUUGAAUCUUGCUAAUUUAAACUGUGGAAAACAAUGUUGGCAACCAACGGUGCUUUAGAGGCAGAAUCUCUUUUUUUUUAUCGAUGCAUCACCAGAGUUAGCCUGUUUAGGAAGCACUUAAGUAGCAUUUAUUGCAUAAGUGGGCAUAAUCCAAAAUUCCAUGUGCUGAUUUCUUUAUUUUCUUACUGUUAUUUUUCAGAGCUGUAGACUUGCUGCAGUAGUUAUAUGGUUAAGAUUUAAAAAGACAUAAAAGGAUAUUUUUUUUUUCUGAAAAGAGUCCCUCAAAGUGACAGAGUUAGCUAGGUGAAGUCACUUACUUACCACCUGUUCUUUAACUGCAUGUAACCAUGAAAAUAACCUAAGUAACCUUUCAAAGUCAACUCUACAGUUUGUUAGAUUGUAACCUAACUGCAUACUAAAAAUAAGACCUUUCUUGCUGCCUGUGAAGGCAUGUAGUUUUACUGACUAUAAUAUCUUCUUGAGUUUAGCCUGAGAGGUUUUAUACUUUUUUUUUUCUGUCAGCAGUGAAAUCCUCAUAAAAUUAAGGGCAUCUGUUAUAGAAGUAAGUAUGCUAGCUCUCCUUUUAUGGUAUGCUUGAUUUUCAGUCAAAAUACAUAUUUCAGACUUGUUUAUGUACGGAAUGUGAAAGACUUGGUGCAAAAACUGUCAGUGAAACAAGGCAUAUGAUAGUCAUUGUGCCUUUUACUUAGUCACGUGAUGGUUGGUGGCACAGAGUUCAACUCUGGGCCCUGACCUCUGACCUUGCAAACCAGUCACUGUGCUGUUGAUGAAACAGGAGUUGUAUUUAUAUAAAUGAUUUGAUUUGACAGCAUAAGAAAAGAGAUGUUGCCUCUAUGAACAGCCUGUUCAGCACACAGUGCACUCAAAUGUUAAAGCCCGUGUUUGUGCAAAAACUAGCAAUGUUAUUGUACUGUGAGGAAUAAUUUUCACUUCACUCUUAACUACUGUGUUUUGGAAGCAGAACUGAUUUUUGGUAUUGCUUACACUGUUGCAUUUCCAAAAAUAAACCCUGGCUCGAAUCUGAACAUUC